AUGGCGCUGGACCCGCCGGACCCUCCCACGGAAUGCGGGAUUUGCAAAUCCAACGUUGGCCGACCCGAGUGGGACAAGGAAUUUGGGCAAGUGGGAAUCUGGAGGUGCAGAUGCCAAAAGGUGUUCUUCUCGCAGGGCAGGGAGCGCAAAUCCGCGCACCAGGCCUUCUCGUCUGGGUCGCCAAUGGGUUGGGAUUGGCGUUCCGCCAUCCCACUGAUCUCUGAUCGAAAGGAAUAUGCCCAGCGGCUCCAUCAGCAAAGGGCCGAGAUGCUCAGCAGCCCACCCAAGCGGACAAAGGACGCCAAGGAGAAGAAAGAUGCGAAAGAGAAGAAGAAAGAGAAGAGGCAGGAGGACAAAGAGAAGAAGGAGCGCCGCGGCCAAGACGAGCAUUCAAACGAGAACCUGGGGCCGGUUGCCAAGAGACAAAAGGUCUGCGAAGUGGAAGAUCGGGCAGUGCAGGGCCUCACCUCUGGGGGCAACUCGUCGGGCUCGUCGGGCUGGCAGCUGCAGAACUUCUUCCAAGCCCAUCUCAAUGGAAUCUGGAGGCAGCGAAUGGGGCCAUGGCACCAGCUCUUCAACGACAAGGGAGAGCCCUACCCUUCCGUCUGGAAGGAUGGUGGAGAUCUUUUCGCAUACUACCAGUUCCGCAUGGAGCGCUGGGUUAUGUGCCCUCGGUACGAUCCGGUGACAGACAUGGACCUCUUCGCCCAGGUAAAGAGCGGUGAGCUAAAGGAGCCUGGAAUCCUCUUCUACAGCAACCGGAUGGACAUGUGGUACGAGAACCUGGGGAAUGGCUCGUGGCAAGAACACGACCCAUCGACGCGUUGCUACUACAAAGCGCUCACGGUGGAGGAGUUGGACAAGCUGAGCAUCGGGGCUUCAGUUCCUGCUCCUGCUGCGGCGCGGUCUGUUGCCGUGCCAGCAGCACGCACACCUGUCUUUUCAGGGAUGCAGCCUGGCACGCCAAACUUGCAACCGCUUGGAGCUGCACCGGCCACACCGCCUCACUGGACUGGCGGGUCUAGCACACCACUGCCGGCUCCUGGCACACCAAGGAACGGCUGGACGGAUGGCUCUGGCACACCGGCCUGUGAUGGCCGGGGCAACGCCGCCCCCGGCACGCCGACAGGAUGGAUGCCCCCUGAGCCCGCCACUGCAGCCGUCGGCAGCACGAUGUACGGCAUCGGCCCUGCCGUCGUGCACUUCGUGCAGCACUUCGGGCCCUUCGGGCCCCUUGGGCCCCCCGUGCCACUCCAGGCUGCAGCGCCUGCCGCAGUGCCCGCCCAUGCCGCGCCUGAGCAAGUUUCUCCUCCGCCCACCAUGCAAACGCCCACAAUGCAAGGGCCCACCGUGCAGGUGCCCACCAUGCAAGCGCCCACCGUGCAGGCGCCCACCAUGCAAGCGCCCACCGAGCGAGCGCCCGCCGAGCAAGCGCCGCAGCAAGCGCGGCCAACUUCCCGACCCAGCUGCAGGCCCCAACCAGUUCAACCAGCUCCCAAGCCAGUACCUAAGCCGCUGCCCAGGAGGAAGGACUGCGAAGCGCCGCCAGGCGACGCCAUGCCGGGAUCCCGACGAUCCAUCUACUCAUAG